AUUUACAUCAGGGAAGCACCAGGGCAAAGGACGUGUUUAGACCAUCUCAUUCCUCCGGCUUGUUUUUUUCUGGAGCAAGGCUGUUUUGCAAACCCACCAUGAUCCAGACUGAGCUGCUCUUUUGCUGUGUCUUGCUGUCCUCGGUGACUGCCUUUCCAAGAAGUGCCCAAGAAGGGGCCCUGACCUUCCAGCCACCUUUCACAGAAACUGGGGGUCCUCUGGACAUGCUCUCCAAUCAGAUCUCUCUCCCAGAUCCCAAGAUGUGUCAGGAUCUCUUGCACGUGGUCCCCUCCUUAGCCCCUCUGCCUGAGUACCUAUCCAACUUAGCUCUGGAGGUGGCCCUGGAGGAGGUCGGCUGCCUGACUGAGGCCCACAUGCUGGAACUUCAGCUUGUUAAGAUGGGAGGAAAGGACACCACUGAAACCCUCAUCCGUGAGAGCAAAAAGCGCAAUGAAGAAAAAGGGAUCAACGAUGGUGAGAUCAUGCUGAGGGGUCUAGAAGGAUCCCCGGGGGAGCUUAGGCGGGUCCAGCGCUCAGUUACCCUUCCUGAGGCAUGUCAGCAGGAGGGUAGAUGGGUGCUCUACGAGCUAGCAGAACUGAUAGGUGAGUUUGCUGAGAAGCUCCCUUCCACUGAGCUGGUAAGAGAGUUAAAGACAGCUGCUGUUGAUGUCACCCAGAAGUGCACAGAUGAGUCCUGGCAGCAUUUGGAAGCAGUAGGCAAUCGGUUGAUGAAAAACCCUGAGACCAAAGAUUUCACAAUGCCUAUGGACGAUCAGAUAUACUUUGUCAAGCGUUCUGUAGCCAUUCUGGCACGUGUUAUACUGGAAUUCAUACAGAAAUAUUUCCAGGAGUUUUUUGGAUAGGGAAGCCCUCUGAGGCAUCAUAUUUCCUUUCUCAAAUGUCUCUAAAAGACAUGUGACUAGAGUCAGCUUUGCUAGCUCU